CCGAGUUGUGUGUACGGUUUUUAUGGGACCAAUACUUUUAUUAACAAAUUAGGAAUAAAUAUUGUUGUUACAUAUUUAAGUGUCAAAAAGCAAGGACCGUAGCUGUCUUGAUUUAAGAAUGUCGUCGUUGUUAAGUGCCGAUUUAGCCGCGGCUUGUAACGCCCUAGGGUAUUUUGAUGUGAAAUCUAACAAGUAUUAUGCCGAUUCCAAUACUUUAGAAACAGUGAAAGAUUUAAUACGAUACCUGAGGCGAGACGACGAGAGCCACGAUAUUCGAAGGCAGCUGGGCGAGACAAAAGUUUUACAAACAGACUUGCUGCCAUUGUUGAAAAGUUAUUGGGAAGAGACCGAUCUGUUUGAUGUUUUGUUAAGGUUAAUAGUAAACCUUACUACACCAGCUUUAAUGCUGUGGAACGAAGAACUACCAACAGACAAGUAUGUCCGGAACUUCUACCUAGAAAUAGAGGGCCAUCUACAGAGCUAUAAGGAGGCUUUCGCUGAUGAAGCUGUGUGGGCUGUUCUGAGUACAAGGCUCAGUAAGAUUUUAGAAAUCGAAUACACUUUAAGAGGAGAUGAAAAUAGUCUUAUUAUUGAACGCAUACUGAUAUUAGUGAGAAAUGUUUUGUAUGUACCAGCUGAUUCAAUGGAGAGACGUCCAGAUAAUGAUGCCAGUAUCCAUGAUCAAGUACUUUGGGCGCUCCACCAAUCCGGCAUGCUCGACAUCAUCCUCUACGUAACGAGCUCGUCGAGCGAGAGCGCCUAUUACCUGCAUAUCCUCGAAAUCCUGUCGUUCAUGCUGCGCGAACAGAGGGCCGGCGAUUUGGCCGGCGCCGCUUUGCAGCGCAGCCAAACGGAAAAAGUGCGGGACGAGGCGGAACUUUUGGCCAUUCGGCACAGGGAGACCAGCGAGCGACAGAAGAAGAGCAAAAUGUUCAGCGGCACUAGGCAUUCGAGAUUUGGAGGGACGUUCGUAGUAAAAUCGAUGAAGUCAAUUAGCGACAAUGAGCUUAUUUAUCACAAGCCGUUAAGCAAAUUGGACGCUUUAAAUUUUGACGCCGACAAAACCAAACCGAAAACACCGAAAAAUCGCCUACCGAUAAAAGCGUCGCAGACGGAGCGCCGAUCCGCCUUCAGCAUUCGCCUGUUCCUGAAGGAAUUCUGCGUGGAAUUUUUGAACGGUUCAUACAACACUUUGAUGUAUUACGUCAAGGACAACUUGGUGCGGGCGAAGGCACAGGUUCACGACGAAUCCUAUUACCUGUGGGCGAUGCGAUUUUUCAUGGAGUUCAACAGGUGCUACAAGUUCGAAGUCAAACUAGUCAGCGAAACCAUGUCUGUCCAGGCUUUCCGUUAUGUUCAGCAACAAAGUGAAAAAUACUUUGAUAUGAUAACCACCGAUAAAAAGAAAUUAAAAUCAUGGUCCAGACGUCUUCACCUAGCUGUCGUAGCUUACAGAGAACUGUUUCAAACACUCUCCGCCAUGGACCGAUCUUCAGAUGUGACAGUUCGUGAAUCAUCGGACGUUAUAAAAAGCAACAUCUUCUACGUCUUGGAGUAUAGGGAGUUUGUCUUGACGUUGCUGGUGACGUACGACGAAAUCAAGAUGUCGGACUCGUAUCUGAUGGAUUUGAUCGAGACCCAGCAUAUAUUUGUGAGAAUGCUGGAAGCGUUUGUGAAGAAGGACGGUUGUGUUAUGGUGCAGGCAAAAGGAAGAAGAAAGCAGAAGAAGAAACAAAAGAAAGGACGAUCAGCUGUUGCUUCUCAACCCAGAGAACUUGAUUUAGACGGUAUGUGGGAUGAAGUGUCCCCUCAGAUUUCAUCGGUAUUGGAAAAUAAUAAGGAUAUCUCUUGUGACGUUCCACCUUUUGAUGCAGCUUCAGAUAUUCCAAUUGACGACCAAAAAACCGAGGCCAUGAAAAAUAUCCAGAGGAAGCUGCGGAAUGGGGAAUACGAGAGCGGAAUAGGUCUGUUACGGGCCGCCAGGGAAGUCUGGCCAGAGAACGAUAGUUUUGGGAACGAUAAUAUGGUAGCCGAGGAGGAAUUUCUCGCCCUGAGGGACAUUUUCUUCGCCGACUUGGGAGAAAACAAUGUUACUCCGGCAGUCAACGUUGGGGAAGAUGAUGAAGAUCAGGAAGAAGAUGACGAGGAAGAGGAAGAUGGUCCUGUAUAUAAUGAAACUAAUUUUAAAUUUGAAGACUUUACUAAAAGACUUCCUCACCCGAAAAUUGUUAGAGCUUGCGGACUAGCGUUAAGACAAUUCGACAGGAACACAGUCAAUGCCAACCAUUGCAUUGUUAAAUUACUACAUCGAAUUGCUUUCGACUGCAAGAUGCCCAUAAUGGUUUUCCAGUUAAGUAUUUUCCGGACUUUUCAAAGGAUCUUUCAGCUAAAGGAUUUGCCUGAACACAAAGAAUUGGUUAAGUUCGCAACUUACAUCGUGCGGCAAUUCAUAAAAGUAUCCGAAACUAACAAAAAAGUUUUCAUGGAGGCUUUGUUCUGGAAGUCCAGCGGGGAAUGCUGCGAGAUCGAGAACGGAUACAAUAUGUCCGAUGGAAAGUUGAAAUCAGAUUGGACUGAUGAACAGGAAGAUGAACUAAGGCAUCUUUUUAUGGAAUAUCAAGAAGCUCCCAAAGAUGAAGAUAUUGUUGACUGGAUUACUAAUAAUCUAGUGGAUAAUACUAGAUCUCGAAGACAAGUGUUGAAGAAAUUAAAAGACCUUAUGUUAUUGGUUGAUUAUAAAGGCAAAAAGAAAUCUGGUGCUGCUUCCAGGCCACCGAAGGUAUGGACUCAGGACGAAGAAAAUAAUUUACAAGAAUUAUUUGAGUUAUUCCGGGAUUCAAAUGACGUUCUUGGAAACAUCAUGGAUCAGCUCGAGGUUCCAAGACCUAAAAAUAGAGUGGUCGAGAAACUUCUAGUGAUGGGGUUAAUUCAAGAUAAACGAGAAGUGUACAAGAAAAGAUCUAAAAAGAGCACGAAAUCUGCUUUGGAAGAUGAUAGAAGUGACGGAGAUUCCUUACACAGUGACAGUGAAGAUGACGGAUCAUCUCAACUGGUAUCUAAAAAUAAACCAAUCCCAACACAAAAGCGCCAGAAGAAAAAAACGGCAUCUAGUAACAAGAAUCGCGCAGCUAAAAGAAAAGUUAAUGCUCCAGUUUCAAAGAAGCGCAUUGCUGAAUUGUUGAUCAAAAUUACUGAUUCAGAAAUGCAGGAAGCUCUCGGGUGGUUAAAGGAGAGUUUAUCCGAUGCCAUUGAAGAUUACGAGGUCGGGAAUAACGAAGGUAUUCCAUUAGUUCCCGUAAUGGAUUACGCCGAGGCCGCCAUGGAAAAUGCAGACAUCCAACAAAUGCUCAAGGGAAUAGGCAUUUGUCCACCGUUUGACGAACAGGAAAGUUAUUGGCGAAUACCAAGUCAUAUUACCCCCGUCCAAUUAACAAAUUACUGCGAGAUGAUUCAACAAGCCAUAGAUAAAACACUAGAAAUUGAAGAAGACACUGAAAUUUUGCCAGAUUCUGAGGCUUUACAACAAGACGAAUCAUCAGAAGACGAAGAUCUUUUUAAUAAACUACGAACUAUUACUUCAAAUAGUACCGAAGAGCAAAACCCCAGGGAGGUACCAACUGAACCCAAUGAUGUUUUUGAUAAGUUAAGAAAUACUGACAAGCAGGUUAGUUCUGAAAAUGGAGAGCUAGCUAAGAAAAAAUCAAGAAUUCAGCGUAAUAUUUUGGAUAGUGACGAUGAGAGUAAUGAUAAUAAUACUCUCCAAAACGUAAACGAUGAUGAAAUGUCAGUGACAGAGGAAAAUACUUCAACUAGUUUUCGAAAAGCUCUUGAGAGUGAUAGCGAAGAAGACGAUAUAAAUAAUGAUAAAACAUCAACCAAAAGAGACAGAUCUGAUUCUGAUACUCCUCGCUCAAAGAAAAAGUUAAGAAUUCAGACUAAUAUUUCAGACAGCGAAGAUGAAAGUAAUGAUAAUGCAAAACUUCAAAGCUUGAAUGAUGAUGAAGUGUCAACAGGAAAUGAAACUACUUCUACCAGCUUUAGGAAGGCCCUGACGAGUGAUAGCGAAGAAGAUGAAGACAGUGAAAAAAGAAGAUCUACCAAACGGGACAGGGGCGAUUCUGGUUCAGAUGGAGAAGAUCCAGUUCCAAAGAAAGGCAGAAUUAUUGAAAGCGAUGAAGAUUAAUCUAGUUUUAAGUUUAUAUUGUUAUUUAAAAAAGUUUUGUUCUGAAUAAAGUCGUUUGUGUCUA